ACUGCCGAAUUGACGAUGUUUGGAAGAUUUCCAAGAGUGAAUAUCUCGAGUGCGUGAGACAUGCGUCUGAGAAUUGCACUGAUUUUGGCAACAUUGUGCUCCAUCUUUCCAUGGUGCGCCAAUGCCGGUAAGACAGACUGCGCGGGCUCUCAUCAAGGAUGUAAGCCCGUGAAAGAAGAUGUUGACGAGUGCGCUUUGGACCCCGACAUCUGCGGCGAUCACUUGGCUAUCUGCACGAACAUGCACCGAGGCUUCCACUGCGAAUGUCCAGAUGGAUACUUACCGUCACCUGGUAUAAACUGGAAAAUCAACGUCAGCGUCUGUACAGAAUUGGAUUCUAUGUUACCUACCAAGAAGGAUAAGCGUUUUAGAGUGGACAAGGUGCUGGAGAUGGUCAGAAACAUGACUAGUGGAGGCUUACCACUGAAAACCGUCUCCCUGCUGCUGGAUGAGCUGGCCGAUGAUGACCGCAAGCGUCUGGUGAAGCACAGACACGAGGUGCUGUUGUCCAAGAAGAAGCUGGUGUCCAAACUGGUGGAGCGCACCUCCACCCGUGCCUCCAAGAACUUCACCACCAAGACCACAGAGGGGGAGAUCCUGAGCAUCGGACCGAAUGCCUCACUCACUGGCUUUCCCCAGCUGAGGAUUCCGUCCGCCGAUGUCUUUCUGGACAUUGACCUGGAGGGCAUCGCCCACAAGAACAACGGAUCAGCAUCGGUGGCCCUCGUUGCCUAUAGCGACAUGCAGGACAUUUUAGAGGUGGACCUGUUCUCCACUGAGGAGAACACCAUGAAGGCCAUCAUCUCCAAAGUGGUCUCGGCCACUCUAGAGGAUGUCGUCAACGCGGAGCUCUCCAAUUCAGUCAACUUUACUCUCAGGCAUAUUAACAAUCAGUCGCUUGAUAGUCUUUUGGGCCCCCAAGGACUUCAAGGCAGCGAUGCCACAGUCGACUUCAAGACACCUAAUCCUAACCCUUGCCUAACCCUAUAGUGCUCUCCAGGCAGCGCUGCCUUGAAGUCGAUGAUUUCCCACGUAAAGCGUAAGCUGUACUGUGUGUACUGGAACAUGGAGUGCAUGGAUCGAGGACGGCUGCACCGUUAGCAGAACCAACA